CAUUAAUUUCAACCAUAGCUUAUCACAAACCUUUAUUAGAAAAAACACAAGUCUCAUAUAUUAUCAUAUACAUAUAUAUACGCAUACAAAGUGAGAAAAUUAUACUCUAGAUUUUGUUUAACUUCAAUUUUGUAAUAAUGUUGGAUAGAUUUUGGUCAUGGAGAUUGUUUGUUGCUCUCUCACUUUUCAUCCAUUCUCCAAUUUGUUCUUCUGACAAAGCUCCAAACUACUCCUUCAUGCGGAACGCCACAGGAAGUCCGAAGACGUCGUACUACGACUACAUUAUCAUCGGUGGUGGGACCGCCGGGUGCCCUCUAGCCGCAACGCUGUCUCAAAACGCUAGCGUUUUACUGCUCGAACGCGGUGGCGCACCGUACGACAACCCCAAUAUCACGAGGCUCUCGUCUUUCGGAGCCGCUCUCUCUGACUUGUCUGAGGCCUCACCAUCUCAGCGUUUUGUAUCGGAGGACGGCGUCAUUAACGCACGUGCUCGAGUUCUCGGUGGCGGAAGCGCUCUCAACGCCGGCUUCUACACACGUGCCGGCACCAAAUACGUUAGGAACAUGGGUUGGGACGGAGCGCUAGCGAACGAGUCGUACCAGUGGGUAGAAGCUAAAGUGGCCUUUCAGCCUCCGAUGGGGCCGUGGCAAACCGCCGUGAGAGACGGCUUAUUGGAGGCUGGGAUUGUCCCUAACAAUGGUUUCACUUAUGAUCACAUCAAUGGCACCAAAUUUGGCGGUACUAUUUUUGACCACAAUGGCCAUAGACACACCGCCGCCGAUUUGUUAGAGUACGCCGAUCCCAAGGGUAUUACCGUUCUUUUGCAUGCUACUGUCCACCGGAUCUUGUUUCGAACUCGAGGUACCACCAAGCCAAUAGCUAACGGAGUUGUUUACCGAGACCAGACCGGUCAGGCCCACCGAGCUUACCUAAAGGAAGGCGCAUUGAACGAGAUCAUCCUAUCGGCCGGAACCCUAGGGAGCCCACAACUUCUGAUGCUAAGUGGUGUUGGUCCAUCAGCUCAACUACAGGCACAAAAUAUCACGGUGGUGAUGGACCAGCCUCAAGUGGGCCAAGGCAUGCACGAUAACCCUAUGAACGCCGUGUUCAUCCCCUCUCCGGUCCCGGUCGAGGUCUCACUCAUCGAGGUUGUCGGGAUUACCGGCGAAGGAACAUAUGUGGAAGCCGCCGGUGGUGAGAAUUUUGGCGGAGGUGGCGGUGGUUCUAGUGGAUCAUCUACUAGAGACUACUACGCAAUGUUUUCACCAAGGGCAACACUACUAGAGUCAAAUUCAAUGACCAAAUUAUCAUCAGCCCAACCUUUUCAAGGAGGCUUCCUUUUGGAGAAAGUAAUGGGCCCACUAUCAACGGGUCAUUUAGAACUCAAGACACGAAAUCCGAAAGAUAAUCCGGUCGUAACUUUCAACUAUUUCCAACAUCCGGACGACCUUAAACGUUGCAUUCGAGGGAUCCAAACUAUAGAGAGGGUCGUACAAUCUAAGGCAUUUUCUAGGUAUAAGUAUGCGGAUAUGCCGUUUGAGUAUUUGCUUAACCUCACGGCGAGUACUCCAGUCAAUCUAAGGCCGCCGAGAAGUGGUCCUGGAGCCUCGUUGCCUCCAUCAGCUGAGGAAUUUUGUCAGCAUACAGUUACAACUAUUUGGCAUUACCAUGGAGGAUGUGUUGUGGGUAAAGUAGUCGAUGGGGAUUAUAAAGUUAUUGGUAUCGACCGACUCAGAGUCAUUGAUAUGUCGACCGUUGGUUAUUGUCCCGGGACAAACCCUCAAGCCACCGUUAUGAUGCUUGGCAGGUAUAUGGGUGUGAAGAUCUUGAAAGAGAGAUUCACCAAAAAGUAGAGUUUUGAAUCGGAUCAGGAUUUAUGGAAACGUUAGAAACGUUGUAUUAAAAAUAAAAAUGAGAUGCAUUGAAGAUCUUUUUUUUGGACAUCAAUACCAAGAUCUUAUAAAUGGUUUUAUGGAUAAUACAUGUUAUUCUUAGUAAUUUUUCUGUUUGAUACUCAUUAUUGGACCAACUUGACGUGCAUACGAAUAUAUUUUCCAGUA